UGUGUCUGGGAGAGAGAGUGUGUGUGAGGGAGUAGAGGAAAGCCGUCAGUAGAAUGGAUAUAUGCCCUCUCUCCACGCUCUCUCCUCUUCCUCCUCCUUCUUUUCUGUCUCAUCUCUGUCCUUCUUCACCCUCCUCUGCCAGCCUUGCCCCCCGGACCCCUUCAGAGCCGGUCUCCGGGGAAACAGAGACUCGUGGGGUGAACGGGCAGCUGAAAACUCAACUCCAAUGUCUGCAGGGGAUCCGAAGAAUGGCCGGGACAAACCAGAAGAUUCGCUGCAGGUGGCUCAGAUAUGGCCGGAGGUGGAGCGGGCCGAGUGCCUGGCCCGGGGGGCUGCCCUGAAGUGGGCUUCAGGUGUGUUCUGUCGGCCGGAGCAUCUGGAGCGGCUGAGCCAGUACAGGAAGAGAGAGAGUCAGAGGACUGCCUCCAUACACACCAGACUCAAGUCCAUGGUGCAGUCGUACCUGGAGGGGGUGGGCUGGGGUCUGGAGCAGCUCCGGGGGGCCCGGGGGGAGCUGAAGGAGGUGUCGCAGGCUCUGAAGAGAGCAGGACUGGAGUCUGAUGGAAACACAGCAGGGGUAAAGUCUCUGGAGAGGAUGAGAGAGGUUUCUGUCAGCCACCGUCAGCUCCUCGCUGCUGUCAGCAACCUGCCACGACUAUACUCUGUGCGCAGCAUGGUGAUGGAGACGGAGCGUCUGGUGGAGUCCCGGCGGCUCCUGGAGGCCCACGCCCGGCUGAUGGAUCUGGAGCGCUGGCAGGACGACAUCUUGUGGCAGCUGUAUGGGGCUGCUGGGCCGGCAGGAAGUGCCCUCAGCCCAGAGGAGCAGGAGCUGGUGGGCAGAUACUUCUCUGGAGUCGGGCAGCUGGUGGACGCCCUGGGUAAGGAGCUGUGGGCGGUGGUGAGCAGCGCUCUGGCUCUGGCCCGACAGAACCCAACACCAUUCGUAUCAGCGGUGAGGAUUGUGGAGCGGGAGGAGGCCCUGGACCGAGCUCUACUGGAGGAGAGAGGGGGGGCCAAAGGCCACUCCAGGCCCCUGCCCCCCGGACGACCCCGCUGCUGGAGAGCCAGCUUCUUCCAGGUGCUGGAGGAGGCGGUCUCUGCCAGGUUCCGCAGUGUCUCCUACCUGCACACGCGGGGCCCCGGGCUCGCAGGCCACCUGUCGGCUCUCCAACACGGCAUCAUGGCUGACCUGGCCACAGUGCGCCACCUGCUAGAGCACUGUGUCCCCCCACACUACCAGCUCACAGCAGCCUACCUGAGGGCCAGCCACCACUGCCUACAUGCUCACCUGGCACAGGUUAGCAGCUGGGACCUGGAGAGUGGAGAAAUCUUCGCCGUGCUAAACUGGGUGCUACACACCUACAACAGCCCAGACAUGAUGGGUCAGCCGGAGCUGGAGGCUGAGAUGGAGAAGGUGGAACUGGGACCCCUGAUCUCCACCGAGGGACUGGAGCAGCUGCAGAACAAAUACGUGCAGAGUGUUCGGAAGAGUGUGUCAGAGUGGAUGCACAAAGCUCUGCAGGUGGAGCUGCAGGACUGGCAGAGAGACCAGGAGCCGGACACAGACCAUGAAGGCUUCUACCUCACCAGCCUGCCCACCAUCAUCACACAGAUGCUGGAGGACAACGCCCGGGUGGCUCUGAUGAUCGGGAAGUCUCUCAGAGAUCAGAUGAUUCAGAUGGGCCUGUAUGAGAUGGAGAACCUCCUCAAUAGGUUUCGAGAAGCUCUGGUGGAGUUUGGGAAGGAGCAUCGCAGGGAUCCAAGCAAAGACAAAAACAAGUUCUACCUCCACUACCUGCUGGCCUCCAUCAGCAACUGCAUCAUCCUCAAGAAGUCCACAGUGAGCUUGCAGCAGCAGCAGUCGUCCCGGUCUGCAGGACAGUUCUCUCGGACCCCCCCCAACCCCCUGGCCGCUCUGGACCGGGCGGUGCGGCGGGCCUGUCGCCUGGUGAUGGAUCAGCUGCUGCUGGCUCUGCAGCCCCUCCUCCCCGGCCUGAUGACCCGACCCUGGCUGGUCCAGGGAGACCCCACCCCCAAACUCUGCAGCGUCCUGGAGCUUCACUUGGAGCUGUACGGCCAUGUGCGGCCCCCCUGCAGAGAGCGCCUGCAGGAGGAGGCUCAGUGGCUGCUGGUGGUGGAGUACGUGCGGGCUCUGAUGCAGAAGAAGCUGGUGUGUCGCGGCGCUGAGGAGAGGAGGCAGCUGGCCCAGCAGGUGGUGCAGGACAGCCAGCAGUUCAGAGAGAUCCUCCACGGCCUGGAAGGAGAAGGGUCAGUACCUGAAGUGAACCCUCUGGCCUUACUGCCCGUCCUGGCUGACUUCAUCAGACUGAAAGACCCCAACAUGCUGACUCUGGAGGUCUCUGGACUGGCAGCCAAAUACCCCGACAUCAGUGAAGAGCAUGUGUGUGUGCUGCUGGAUAUCCGUGGUGAUGUCUCCAGGGACGUCAGAGGGGCCGUACUGGACCUGUUGGAGCAGAGCGCCCCCCCUCUGCCUGCAGGGUAUCGGCCCAUCUUCACUGACAUCCUGGUGCCUCCCUCCAUCAUGGCCUUCUGUCUGACCACUGCCAAGUGUGCAUGACAUUAACUCAAACUGCCUUACAGACUCAUCAAUACGCUGGGAGAGAUCAUCACUCUCUUUUUUAUUCCCCCCUGAAGUGCAGGGAGGGUUCAGGGUCCUACCAGGGGCUACUUUGCAAUAUGUUGAGUGAUGGCAGUGACACAUUUUCUUUUACUUCAUCUACAAUUUACCAAGACUAUAGCUGGUUUCUCUGUGGUCCUAGUCUGACUUUUCAGAAUCUAUGAGCCACUACAGCUGACUAGAGUGGUGCAGUGGUGACAUCCCGGAAAGUAGCAUCGCAAGGGCUCCCUUGCCAAAAGGCAAUUUGUUUUCUUUAAUGGAUUUAGGGUUAUUCCAGAAAAUACGAUAUUUUGCAAACACAGGCUAGGCUAUAAACAAACUACUUGACAGUCGCAUGGCUGCACAUCACCACCGCUAAGCUAAAGGUGGCUAAUGCUUGGCGUUAUGACUUUUAUUAGUCUUAUUCAGACAACCAACGUUUGUCACACAUAUAGAAGCUUCAGACAUUCAUCAGUGGGGUAUUUACCGACAUAUUUAUGUCGUAAAACAAAACAUGAGCUUGUGUUAACCACAGAUCUUAUUUCAGGCUUCUAACAAAAAACAUAUUUAAAAAAACGUCAACUUUAAGACGAGGGAACCGGAUGUGCUAAAAUGAUAAUUAAUUUUUGCUCAUUCCUGCACCACUCUAUUGGUUACAAGGUUAAAUAAUAUCUUCUGCUCUGUUGCGAUUUAUGCUACUGAUUUACAGUUUUACAGCAUUUGAACAACAAGCGCAAAAGUUUGGAACUGGUUUAUUUAAUCCUGUAACAUGAUGUCAGUAAAUGUCUCACAGCUUCAUCACAUGUCUCAGUGUGUGCUAACUUGGCUAAGGCAUGAUGAAAUCAAACAGAUGAUGCAACCUUACAGGCUCAGCUCACUGCAAACACAUUGCAUGGACAGUACGUUUUAGCUGCAGAUACAUAAGAAAUUGGCAUGGCCACAUAUUACUGCUGAAAGUGUCAAUCAGAAACAUGUUACACUUCCUGAAUCCUCCUGACCAAUAACAGCCAUAGAAGAGAGGAAUCAGCAGCCUGUGAGAUAUUCAGGGUUUACUUGUAUAUCUUUUCCACUGUAAAGGCAGAGACUUCCUGCUGAAGAAAUUGGAGUUUGGCAUCUGGUGUAUUCAGUAAAAAGCCAAACAGUGGUCACAAUAUGAACAACUAAAAAGCAUCUGAGUGAUAGUUUACGUAUGUAACAGAUGAAUGACAUAUGUACGUUAUACGACUGUUAAGAGUAUAAAGAAUGUUUUAUCCAAGCAUCAUACCAUACCUGGAUUUAAACUUUUCAGGGAGACUGCAAACUAAUCCUCCCUGAGGAACUUGGGCUGCUAAUUCCUUACUUUAUCAUAAUCUUUACCAACAGUCUUUCCUGAUAUUGUCUUGUGUAUUGUAUUUGUCCAAUUUUAACUUGUUCAUAUUGGGUUUUUUAUUUCAAUUUUGUAAUGUAUUUAUUGUAUUUAUGUAUUAUUUGUAAGCUGUUCUGUUUUGAAUAGUGUUUCCUGUUCAAAAUAUAUUUCCCUUGUUCUGGUAACAUGUCAAAAGCCUGUUGUAAACUCUAUCAGAGAAAAUGCUUAAAUACAUUUUUUUAAUUCAAAGUGUUGUCUUGUAUUAUGAUUAUUAUUAUUACUUUGACAUAAAUCCAGUAGGAAUAUAAA